AUCCUGUCCGCCGUUAUUUUGCUAUUGUUUUGUAUAAAAUAUAAAAAUUAUUAAUACUAUAUUCUUUGACUGUGAAACAAUUUAUGUCUUUUAUGUUAUUUGUAAACAAAAUUACAACCAUCCCUUAAAAUUACUGUAUUAUGAUAAAAAAUAAAACAAAUACAUCAAUUUACGCAUUAACAAACUGCGUAACCAAAACCAAACUUUUAUUAUUAUUUUUUUAAUUUCAAACAAGAAUAAAAAGUUAUGGCUCCUACAUUUGAACAAUUCCUCAAAUUUACAAAUGCUGAGGAAACAAUUGUCGAGAAACUGAAAGAAGCUGGUCCAAGAACUUAUAGAAUAAACUACGAUCGAAGGUUCAAACAUUGUAAAGUUUUGUAUGAGAAAUUCUUGAAUCCCGAAUUAAGGGACAAAACUUAUCGCUAUGGAUUGGUUUUAAAACCAAUGCCAAGUACUUUCAAAACUAAAUUUUUGGAGUUUCCAAAUAUAAAUAAUAACGAAGGUGAGUCAAUUACCAGUGGCACAGUUAAAGAACAACCAGCAGAAAAACUAACCAAAAACAAAGCACUACACUUGAAAGACAAAUAUGAAAAUGAUCAGCCUUCUACAAGUUCUGCCUUCAUCCACAAGCCUCGUAUCAUAUCACCCUCUAAGGAGAAAAGAGAAAAAACUAAAACUAAACCGGAAACUAAGUUAAAACAAAAGCCUACUGCGAAAGCUUUACCUCCUGUUCCAAAAAGUCGUAAAUCUGUGGAAAAGAAAAACUUAUCGAAAAAAUUAGCAAAUGCAGUUACAGACCGUGGAGCUCCUAAAAUAACACAAUAUUUCACUUCAAAUGCGGAAAAAAGCAAUGUGGAUGAACAUAAAGAUCCCGAAGAAUUUUUAGAAUUAAGAAAGAGGAAACCUGAUCCCUCUAAUAAUAACAUUGAAGUCGAACCGCAAACAAAACGACCAAAGGUUUCUCUAAAGAAGGAAAAAGAAGUAGAGAAAGAAAACAUAAAUAGAGAGCAAAUGAAAAAGGGAAAAAAAACAUCAUCUUCAGAUGAUUUUGCAAGUGAAGGAAAGCCAAAGAAAGGCGUACACAAAACUAAGCCGAAAAGAAGAAGACGAUUACAAUCAGAAGAUAUGGUUUCGGAUGAUUCUGAUGCAAAUACCAACAAUUGUGAAGUUGACUUAACAAUUGAAGAAAGCACAAACAGCCCGCAUGAAAACUUUGAUAAAAAGAUGGAGUGCCAUUCUUCGCCUUCGAAAUCAGCUCUUCCUAAACGAAAUAAAACUGAAGAGUAUAGGAAGGCUUCAGAUUUUAUCUCGAGGAACCACUUUGAAGGAUUAAGCCCUGGCCAAGCCAUCAAAUCGAAAAAAGUUGCAAAAAAAAAUAUUAAUCUGUGGAUGGAACAAGGACUAAAGGAACAGUCGGUGGAAGAAAAACGUCCCCAUAAGCACAGUACCUUCAAGGAAGAUGUAUUUGUUGGUUAUAAUUUAGAAACAAUAAGAACACAUCCCGACAAAGUUAAAAAAUACAUCAAGUACUUACUGAAGCUUGAAAUAAAACUGAAAAAAGGCAUUACUUUGGAAGAACCGAAUUGCAAUGAACUAUCCAGAUCUAAAUUUAUAUCAGCAUUUAACAAAAUGACUUACGAAGAUUUCAAAAAUUUAAUCAAUUCCAAAAAAUAUAUCUCAAACUGGACAGAAAUAGGAAAAUCACAUGAAGAAAUCGAAAAAAAAUUCAAAACUUAUCACACCUGUUUCAUGCAAAACAAAUAUUCGUGGUCUGAUUUUCAUAUUGAGAUAUCAAAACUUGAGUCGUUUUUACUGUCAAAAGGAAUUAAGGAAUUAAUUCCUCUAAAAAUUAUUCCACCAAAAAUUCUUUCUUUCGAUGAAGUUUUAAAUAAAACAAAUAUUAAGAAAUUUGUAAGUCUAAGUUGUCUUGCACCACCGGAAUCAUAUACAGAAUUACUGAGUUUAUGUAAAAAAGAAUAUAAAAAAUGUGUGUGCGAAGGAAUAUGGACAGAGGGAUUGAAAUUAAAUAAUAAAAAAAAGGAAAGCGGCAGUACCCAAGAAAUGUCUAUGGAAUUGUUCACAGAACCUAUCGAAUCAAAUGAAAUUUCUGAAUCAAAGCCUGAAAUUACUGCCGUUCAAAAGGAAUCACCACCUAUUUUAAAAACCUUGGAUGGUAAGGAAUAUGAUAACAAAGUCAUUGAACAAUGCGUCAGGAACGCACAAAAUGAUUUUGAGACCAAUUCUAACACCUCCACAACAGUCUCGACAGUUAAGAAAAAAAAGUAUCGCAAAUAUGGACCGAAAUCUCGAAGGUUGCAAUCUUCUACAAGUGAUGAUGACUUGGAAACUAAAAUUACUCAUAUAGUAGGAUAUGGUGAUCAAGCGGUUGCUGAACCAAAGGAGCCAAUUGAUACUCAAGAGUUAAGUCGAAUAUUAACUGAAAUUCAAACACAACAUUCCAAUGUAAAAAGCAAAGAUGUUUCACAGAAUAGAAAGGAAAUCAGAAAAUCGGCGAAUAAGACAGAUGAUCUGGAAACUAAAAUUAUUCAUAUAGUAGGAAACAGUGAUCAAACGGUUGCCGAACCAAAGGAGCCAAUUGAUACUCAAGAGUUAAGUCGAAUAUUAAGUCAUGGUGAAAUACAGCAUUCCAAUGUAAAAAGCAAAAGAAUUUCAGAGAAUAGAAAGGAAAUACAAAAAUCGGCGAGUAAGACAGAUGACCUGGAAACUAAAAUUAUUCAUAUAGUAGGAAAUUAUGAUCAAGCGGUUGCCGAAUCAAAAGAGCCAAUUGAUACUCAAGAGUUAAAUCGAAUAUUAAGUCACAGUCAAACACAACAUUCCAAUGUAAAAAGCAAAGAUAUUUCACAAAAUACAAAGGAAAUACAAAAAUCGGCGAAUAAGACAGAUGACCUGGAAACUAAAAUUAUUCAUAUAGUAGGAAAUUAUGAUCAAGCGGUUGCCGAACCAAAGGAGACAAUUGAUACUCAAGAGUUAAGUCGAAUAUUAACAGACAAUCAAACACAACAUUGUAAUGUAAAACUCAAAAAUGUUUUACAGAGCAAAGGAGAAAUAUUGAAAUCCGCGUAUACGACGCGUGUAGUAGGAUAUGGUGAUCAAGCGGUUGUUGAACCAAUUGAGACAGUUGAUACUCCAGAGUUAAAUCAAAUAUUAACACACAGUCAAACACAACCUUCUUAUGAAAAAAACAUAGAUGAUUCACAGAGCAGACGAGAAAACAGAAAAUCCGCGUUUAAGACACCUGAAGCUGAGGCUAUCACGGCAAUAGUGAAACCGUUUGUGGAUACCAUUCAAAAAGAUUUAUCAGAACGGCAAAAUGAGUCGAACCUAAAUAUUAAACAAACGUCAAAUAACAUGACAAAACCACAGUUCUCUACAACUUCAACUGGUACGCUUAUACCUUUGUCGCCAAACAUUUUUGCAUACAGCGAUGAAACUAAUACAAAAAGUUCUAAUACUCAAAGUACACAAGCAUCGAAAGAAAUUAAUUUACAAUUAUCUGAAAGGGAUGGUGGUAUAGCAAUCGCUCAUGAAAAAUCAUCUGCCGAGCUCUCUAACCCUUUACCAACAUCACCAAACCUUUUCCAAUCCAGCGAAGAAAGUAAUUCAAAGGUAGUGAAUUCUCAAGUGAUUGAAGUUGAAACCCAAGAGUCUGUUUAUGUUUCUUGCACACACAAUAAUGACUUUCACACGGAACAAAAUAACUUUUCAGUAAGCAUGAUUGAAAUAAGUGAAAGUGAAGAUCCUUUUGGUACAAUCGCUUUUGAAGGAAAAUCAAUAGCAGAUCUCACUUGUGUUUCAAAAAAGAGUGAGGACUCAAACAACAAUUCAGAGGUGUCUCUAAGUGAACUAAAUGUUUCAGGAGAAUCGAAUUCAAUUGCCGCUACUCUGGGCUCAAAUGAAGCAGGUAACAAAAUACAGAAAAAUUCAAUAGAUUCAAAAGUUACUACUGCCAUGGAAGGAGAAAUUACUGAAACAUCAAAUAUUAACAAACGUUUGGAUAGCUUGUGUUCUGCUAAACCAUUGUCGCCAAAUAAAAUGUCGGCCAGUGUUGAUUGUACUUCUGUGGAAAAUUUAAUUGAAAAUACUCACUAUAAGGAUAGAGAGAAUACAGUCGAAAGAGUUCGAUCAAUAGUUCCAUCACCACCUGAAUCUAGUGAGUUACAAAUAUCUGAAAUUGAAAUUCAGACGGUUCCUUUAGUUGAAAAUCUUACCUCAAAAAAUGUACAUGAAGCUCCAGAAAUUCAAAAAGAUUUCAACACAGUUACAAAUCAGGCAGAUAAGAGUCACCAAGAAGAUCAUAGUCAGAGCUGCACCAAUGAUGAGGAAAACACCAUGAAAACUACAGAAGAAAACACCAGAGCAUCAUUAGAUUCACUUAAAAAUGUCAAGGUUGUUGUUAAGCGAGAAAUCUUUUCUGAGAGUUACAGCCAAUAUGAUAACGAUGUUGAAAUCAUUGAAAUUCCUCAAUCAGGGCCGAUGGUUAUUGAUGACGAAGAAACAGUACCAGAACUAUUAGAAGAGCUUUUGGGUAGCUCAGCAUUUACUCAACGUCCUCCAAUGACAAUUGUACAUACCAGUUUGUCUCAUUUAACACCUUCAUCUAUUUGUUUGGAGAACUUUCCACAAGCCCAACAAUUGCCUUCGAAUUUUGACUUAACACAAAGCCAAUCGAAUCUAAAUCAAACAGUCAACGAAGACAUUCAUAUCUUAAACAGAACCAUCAAUGCUGAGACCACUUUGAAAAACACAGAUAAUGCUCGAGAUUUGACUGAUUGUCAGAUAUUCAAAACCCCACAGAAGGAAACCACGAACUUGAAUUGCUUUGAAAAUCUUGUUUUGAAGAAAAGCCCGAGCUCAGAAAAAAAAUCUAAGAAGAAAAAAUCGGAUGGCAAGCAAAAGUCUCUUCACAUCAAAUUAUCAAAGCUUAAAAAUAAUCAACAACCAUCCCAAGCAAUCUCAGAAAUGAGCUAUGUUUCGAUGGCGCCACAGAAUAUUCCAUCGGACAUUGAGCUUACACAACCAUCAUCAACGAACCAAGGACAGACGAGAAACUUGCAGGUUGUUUUACCAUUGAAAGAAGGCCCAAUUGGAGAAAAUAUGGAAGAAGUGACUAAAAUUUCGAAUCAGCCAACAGAAAACAAACGAAUAGAAGGUGAAACACCUAACACUCAAGAAUCAGGAAUAUCUAUGGUUGUCUGUGUAAGUGAGAGUUUCAAUGAAAGUAAUGAAAGUUCUGUGAAUUUAGAAUCAUCCCGAACAAACACAAAAGAUAAAAGAAAGUCUAAAAAAUGUUUAAAUUCUAACAAAAACCCAAUUUCGUGCGAAGAACAACAGGAGGGUGUCAUUGGAGUACAAAAAAAGCGAGGCCUGGAAAUUUCAAAAGUAAAGUCAGAACGGUUAGAAAAUAUAGCUGUAGUUUCAUCUAAAAAAUCUAUUGAUGUUAUACUUCUAGAAGACAGCACAGACCAAAAUGAUGGAACUGCAGAGGAUGUCGUUCGAGUUGGGGUAUCUACCAAUAAAAACCACCCGGAAGUUGUUUCGAAACAUAAUAGAGAAGAUCUUUGUUUGACUAAUUGUUCCAAAAGCAUAUCAAAUAAAAAAGCUGAGGGUCCUGAAGAAAAAGACUCAAACAGUAACAGUGAGACAGAAAUUAAUGAGAACGAACAUUUAACAUUGCCAAUUCUCACAUCAGAAGACCAUAAUUCUGUAAUUAACAAUUCUGAUUGUGUUGACGAGAGUGCUUUUACAAAAAGUCCAUUAAAACAAGUUAAAACUAGACCUCGUUCACCUUUUAGCAAGAAAACGGAUAUUGACAAAGACUCGCCAGCUAAUAAUUCCGGCAAAGGUGUCUCACCAGAGAUUUCUAAGUUAAUUGUUCCUGGCGUUUCCAAGAACACUGACGAAACAAUUUUAUCACCAACAGCUUUAAAAGGCAAUUAUGAAAGUCAAACAGUUUGUCCAUUAAUUGACAAAAAAUUAACAGAAACAAUUCAAUGCACUGGACCUAGAGAAUCUUCUGAAAGUUUUGUAGUCCCUUCUCCAACUAAUAAUCAACAUACAAAAUCAUUAAAGGAUGUUGAUGAAAAUUUACAAAAUAAAAAUCAUGUACAUGGGUUUAAAGAAUCUCUUGAAAUUUGCUCAGAACCAUCUCAAUCUUCUAGUAAAAUUAAAAUUACAUCCGAAAAUGAGAGCUACUCUUUUAGAAAAGCUAACGGACCACAUUCGACACCUAUUAUUACAAGCACUCAAUUAGAACGCCAAGCUUUAAGCGAAACAGAAUCUUUUGGAAAAGCGAUGGGACAAAAUUCGACACCUAUUAUUACAAGCACUCAAUUAGAGCCCCAAGCUUUAAGCGAAACAGAAAACAACGAUGAAACACAUAAUUCUUCGGUUGAAUUUAUUGAUUUUUCUUUCUAUACAUCCUCCGAUGAUAAUGAAGACGAAAAAAAAGAAGAAAAAUUCAGUCAUUCUACAAAAUUUAAAGAACUUUCGUCUCCCCUAACUAAUAUUGUAGAAGAAUCGCAAACUUUGACCGUCCAAAAUAUUGAACAAAGUGUGAAAAAUUUGAAUGAGGGUUCAGAAUGUGUUUUACCAGUAAAUAUGCCUUUAAACAGUGAAAACACUUCAACAAAAAUUUCAAAGAAUACAGAACUGUCAGAGAUAACAUGUACAGAAGGAACAAAACGUAUUUUGAACAGAGUCGAAGUCAAAAAUAAGUCACCAAGUAUUAUAACUUCAGAAAUAAAAGAAGGUGCUAACUUAAAAGAACCCACUUCACCAAUGUCAAAAGAUUCCGUGAAAAUCAUUUCUGCAGAACGUUUCCAAAACGUGAACAAUUCGAAUCAUGAUAAGAAUUUCUCAAAUAAUAGUAAUAUUGUUGAGUUAAUUGAAAUUACAGGUUCUGAAUCCUGUGAUAGUGGUACACUAAACUCUCAAACGUCGCAAAACAAGGAAAAUCUUCAAUCCUCAACAAACUUGCAAUCGCUGGGUGCUGACGAAAAUACUACGAUUUGUUUGAACAUGGUUGAAAAUGAGAAAAAUAAUGAGGAGCAUCUAAAUACUCAAUUGAUAACCGAACACGUACCAGAACAAACUGAAGGUUGUAGUCCUCUUGAAAGAUGUAAAUCCAGUUUUACUCAAAAUUCAAACCAUCAACAAGAAGCCCCGAAUCGUAACAAAUGGGUAAAUACAAACAAACGCCGAAGAGCCAUGUCUGAGAAACAACCACAAAAACAUUCAGAAAUGCAUAUCAGUUUUUCUCAGCCAUCCGAAUGUUCUGAUAAAGGAGUUCUACCAACAUCCCCCACUUUAAAGCGAUUGGUCCAAGAUGAACCUGUAGAAACCAUACCCAAUCGUUUAAAUUCUACAAAAAAUUUUGAGUGCACAAUGUCAAGAAAAGUUGAAACUUUUGUUCUACCAGGAUUUAUUCCCAUUAAAUUCCUUCAAAAUUUAGAAGCCAGCUCUGAAGAGUUAGUCGAAGUGCCUUUACUGAUUGAAAAACGUCUUAUAAAAACCAUUCCUUUAAAUGUCCCAACAUCAGAAUCAAUAGAAAAGAAUCCAAAUGCACUUAUGCUGAAAAUUGAAAUUAAACCCGAGCAAACACCAGUAUUUCUAGAACAUUCAAUUCAUGCUUUACGUCAUGAGGUUAAAAGCUUAACCAAUUCUCGAACUCGGCUCAGUAACAAAAAUAUGAAGACGUCACAAGGAGAAGUGUGUAUUCAAAAAGAUCCCGAGCACCAAAACAUUCCUAAGAAAAGUUCGACACAAUUGGGAUUAAAACAAUCAAAAACGAAAAUAUUUCAACCUUCGAACAUGAAAAAUAAGACAACACCUAAGAAAUCCCUGAAGUUACCCGAUUUUGUGCCACAAAAAACACAUGCCUUUUCAUCUCUUCCCAUAGGAGCAUGCAAAAAACAAUCGAAAAGCAAAACGCCUAGUCUUAUGACUGUCGAAGAAUGUGAUUUUAAUAUCGAAGAUGCAUCUCAACCAAUGGUCACAGAAACUGCAUCUCAAAUGCUAGGUGCUGACUGUACUUUAUUGGAAAAUUCCGAUUUACUUAGAAAAGUGGAUAAAAUUUAUAAUCCAAAACAUCCUGAGAUACCAGAAUUGCAAAUAGAAAAACUUCCUGAAUUAAUUCCAUCAUCACCUGCAACCACAUGUAAGAUAAUCAAAUAUAUACCAUUAACUGUGUCUGAAGGAGUUACGGCUCGGAAAGUCUGGCAAGUGAAUCUCCAAUGGAAGAGCCCAAAAGCGAUGUCAAUUGACGUUAGAUUUAGCGUCCAUAAACAAUAUAUGACUGUCUGUGAUGAAUCAGCUAAGCUGCUAUUUACUUUUCCGCCAGAAAUAUGGUCUGAUGUUCAUAGAAUUUUAAGAGAAAUUGAUCACUUUGAGUAUAAGCGGAGAACCUUGAGAAAUCAACGUAAAACUAGUUCAUUGCACAAAGUUCUUAGACAGCUUUUCGAUUCAUCAACUCAAGUAGUUGUUUUAAAAGUUAUUGAUGACCGAUACAGCCCCUAUGCAAUAUGUGAGAAGACCAUUCCCGUGUAUAGAAAACCAUUUCAAUGCCUGACGAAUGGAAUUCGUGAAAAUAUAAUAAACAAAAUGCAAUUUCUCAAGGAGACUCUUCAAAAUAAAAACUAAACUUAUCCGGGCCGAUUAUAGCUUCUUGUAAACAGACAUUUUAAGUUUUUU